AUGUUCCAGCCACUGUCACUUGUUAGAAAAUUCUGUAGUUCCGCGCCCCACGUCCCCGUGAUGGUUCAGGAAGUUUUGCAUUUCUUGAAGCCUGAGGGCAACCAAACGAUCCUGGACAUGACUUUCGGGGCCGGGGGGCACAGCAGACGCAUCUUAGAGCAGGCCCCCAACGUGAAAUUGCUUGCCUUAGACAGAGACCCUGUGGCGUUUGGUUACGCGCAAAAACUAGCUGAGGAAUUUCCAAAUCGAGUUACGCCCUUGUUGGGCCGCUUUUCCGAAGUUCCUGAAUUACUGAGCCUGAAUAAAAUCAGGCAGAAUUCGAUAGACGCUAUUUUGUUUGAUUUUGGCUGCUCGUCAAUGCAGUUCGAUACCCCUAGUCGGGGGUUUUCGGUGUCUCACAACGGCCCCCUUGACAUGAGGAUGGACAGUGGGCGGUUUCCGGAGGACCCCACCGCAGCUGAUGUGUUGGCUAAAGCAACUGAGGAGGAUCUCUACAAGAUAAUCAAAGUGUAUGGGGAGGAAAAAAAGGCGCGAAAAAUCGCGAGGGCUGUAAUUGAAGCGCGCUAUUUGUUCAAGACUUUGUCCACGACGGAAGACUUGGCGGAUUUGGUUGAUUCGGUUUUUAGUGGGGAGAUAAGACUGGAUAAAUUACAAAGGCCGUCACAUAACGCUACUAAAACCUUCCAGGCUUUGAGGAUUUUUGUUAACAAUGAACUGAAUGAAAUUAAUUACGGCUUAAUAAUCGCGCACAAGUACUUGAAAUUGGGGGGCAGGGUUGUGACUCUUACGUUUCAUUCGUUGGAGGAUACGAUUGUGAAAAGACAUUUGUUGGGGAAUUUAAUUGCAAACACUCCAAAUCCGCUUCCUUUGAAAUAUAGCAGUCACUCGUUUGAUGUUGAUGGGCAGAUUGUUAAAGAAGUGAUGGAGUCUAAUUGGCUCAGUUUAACUAAGCAUGUUUUGGUCCCGAAGUACGAGGAAGUGGAAAAUAACCCAAGGAGUCGUUCGGCGAAGUUGCGAGCAGCAAUCAGGGUUAAAUAAAUUAUUAGUUGUUUUGGUUUAUGUAAUAAAAA